UUUCGAUUCGACUGGGUAUCAUUCAACAAUUUCUUACUGGAUGAUUGUGGACAUAUUUUUGAAAUGGCAGGAGUUCUUUAAUCAGUGUGUACAUAUGUUUAUGUACAAAGAUUUCAUACACGUCAUUUUCAGUUGAACUCAAAGAUGUUAAAUUAAAGACUCUAAUACAAAUGCUGUGAUAUGGGAGAAAAAAAGAAUCAAGAUUUAUCAUCAAAAUUACCUAGAAACAAUAUGCCCUUGAAAGACAUAUUCCAGAAAAAGACGGAGAAUUCAUCAAGCUUCCUGUCUGAUGUUUGGAAACCUCGUUAUAAGGAUGUAAAUCAAAUCACAGAAGAUAAUGAUGAGGCAAAUCACCAUAAUAUCCAAAAAGAUGGAAAACAUCAUACAAGGUUAACAAAGAACUGUUUACAGGUGCAAGACGUGUUUGAAAAUAAUUGUGAUGACAAGGAGGAGAGACAAAUAUCUUGUUUCUGUGGUAGUAAAACCUGUCCUUUGAAGAUAAGAAAUAGGUUAAUAAGGGAAGAUCCUCCAGAAAAAAGAAUCAUCAAUGACUUUGAAAUGAUGAAAUCAUACAAUGCAACAGAUGGAAGACUUCCAUUUCCUUUUGUAACAUUAAUGUGGUUUCCAGGUGACAGCGAUGACAAACAUCCAUUAUCAUCUGAUGAUGACUCUUAUGAAGAAAGAAGUCAAGAUUUCGGGUCAUCUGUUACAAUGAAAUUUUUAAAUGAAGCUUUUCCUGGUUUUUUGGAAGGGAAAUCGAGAACAUUAGACAAGAAUAAAAAUGAAAAUACCAAGGAACACAGCACAGAUUUUGAAUUCUCGCCAAAACCUUCAAGGCCACCUCUGAAACCACCAAGAAAAAAUGAAACAAGACUACAGUUUCAGUUAUCAAUUUCUAUUGAUGAAGAUGAGAAAACUAAAAAUGAUAAGUCUUUGAAUACAUGUGAAAAGUCAGUUAUUGAUAGGGUAGAUCAUUUCAACAAUGAUAAAUCUACUGAAGAUAAUGAUUCAGUUGAAGUCGGGGACACAGGUAGUAAUAAUAGAGUCAUUACAGAUGAAUAUAAAUUAAGCAUUUCGAUGGAUUGUAGUCUUCAUAGUUUAUCAGAAAAUUCCAAGCAGAAGAAGCCAGAUUUCAGUCAGUCAUUUCCAACCAGUGGAAACAGAAGGUCAAAUCUUGAUAAAGAUAGUAACCCAGGAUUUAGUCAGUCUUUUACUAGUGAUUUACGAAGUGAGGGUGAAUCCUCAAAAAAAUCUGCAGAUGAUUUUAAAACUUCAGGAUCUAGUCAGAGGAAAUUAGCAUCUGAAAAAGACAGUUCUGGGGGAUUGAAAACAGAGCUUAAUAAGUCAGACAGCAGUGUGGAUGAUACCUAUCCCUACAAGAAUCAGCAGAGUAACACCUGCCUCAGUCCUGAAAUGGAUGACUUUGAUGAUUCACUGGAUGAUAUAUUUGGUGCAGAGUGUGGUCCUGAGAUGGAGGAAUUGCCUGGCUUAUAUGACCCGGAGGAAUGCCAUGCCUCUUGCGGAAAUGAAAGUGCUGCUUCACUACCUACAGACCCUCAGACUGUGUUUGAAGAACAUAUGGACCAUUGUCCUGCAGCAUUAACAAAACACCAUGUAUGUUGUAAAUGUAACCCGUUUACAAAAAAUCAACAUAUGCUAUAUGAGUUGGUAAGAACGGAAGGGUUAGAAAUGCAUGAUGUUGUCCCUGAUGGAAAUUGUAUGUUCAGAGCAAUCAUUGACCAACUGAGAAUGCAGGGAAUAAUAACUAUGACAUGUAACGGUAUCAGACAGAUGGCAGUAGAAUACCUUCGUAAUAAUCCUCUUCAGAAUGAUGGUACCCAUUUGGAAGAUUUCUUUGUCGCUGAAGAUGAAUCAUGGGAAGAGUACUUGAGAAGAAUGUCAAAAGAUGGUGAAUGGGGAGAUCAGAUUGUACUCAGAGGAUUGGCUGAGGUUAUUGAUAGAGAGAUUUGCAUCAUAAGUACAUUUGGUGAUUUACAUAAUCAGACAACCAUUACACCUCAAGGUUCUUCCAAGGUCAAAACGAUAUAUUUGGGUCAUGUGAAUGAUCAGCAUUACUACAGCUUAAGACCAAGAGGCUGGCAUGAAAAGUGGUAUAAAGAGACAAGAAGAAUACAGUUGGAACAGAAAAGUAAUACAGGAGCUGAGGACAUAGACAACCAGGAGAUUAUCAAAGAAGAGUCACUCAAAAUGGAAAAAUUAACAUUACCAUGUAGACCAAGUAAACUUAUAAAUUGUAGUUACCAGUUCACUGAUGAAUACAGUCAUGUUCCAGUUUUUCACUUGAAUUUCAUAAUAGAAAAUGUGCUACCAGAAAGCAACAUUUAUACCCCAUAUCGCUAUCAUGGUGGUCGAGAUUAUAUAGUGACAAGUGCAACCACAAAAGUAUAUGAUGUAGUAGGCAGUGUUGAAGAAGGUCUUUCUGUAAAUUUGUAUGCAGUAAGUCUUCAGAACGAUCGAUCAAUGGGAAACGAAAGCCUGAACACAAUUAAAGCAACUAGCUUGCCAAAUUUGUACAAGCAAAGUGGUAACUACACUUUGGUAUUUAAAGAGAACUUUAUGGAAUUAAAUGGUGAAGUGAUUAUAAUUGACUCUGAAAAUAGCACUCCAGGAUAUGCAUUCUUGAAACUGGGGAUAAAUCAACCACAAAAGUUUUUUAAGAAAGUGUAUGGAUCAUAUUACCUUUCAAAUGUCUACUUUCAGACAGAACCAAAGAAAAUAAAUUUACCACAUUCUAAAAAUCCCUAUUUGCCUUUCCAAAAAGUAGCUAGUUACACGCUGUACUAUGGAAAAUGCCCACGGUGGCCAAAAGAAGCAAAUGAAUGGGUUUCAAGAGAUAGGCCAAGUGGUUGGCCUGACAUUACAUUAGUUAAUGAGACGACCAAAGUGCCAUGUGUUCUUACACCAAAAGGUCAUUUACUCAGUACAAAACCUGACAUCGAAUGGAUGUUUGAUUUUUCAUUCCCCGAGAAAUUCCUUCUGAAGGAUAAUGUAACAAAAAAUAAGAAAUACUGCUUUCAUGUGUUCAAACUGUUAAUGGACUAUCAUACAGGGUGGAGAAAAGAGUUAUCGACUUUUGUUCUUAAAACCAUAUUCCUGUACACGUUAGAAGUUAUUCCUAGUCAACAAUGGGAGGUUUGUCCAUCAGCAUGUGUACUGUAUUUAAUAGAAACUUUACUGUUAAGCUUAAAGGAAGGGAAAAUACCUCACUACUUCAUUCCUGAAAACAACAUCAUUUCACAUUUAGAUGGCAGUGUGUUGUAUAAGUUGAUCGAAAAAGUAAAUGUUGUCCGAGAAUUUCCAAUAAUGUCAGUUGUUCUGAUGGCAGAAAGUCAUGGUCUAAUGACAACAUAUGCCACUGAUCAGAUUAUUGAAGAUUUAAAUCAUCUUUCUGAACAUAGCAAUAUUAAUGAUUCAAUGCUCAAUACAUUUAUACCUGCAUAUUCUAAAAUCGCGGUCACGUCCCUAAGCCUGAUGAAGUUCCGCCAAGCUGUUGCUGCAGUGACCACUGGAUAUAGAAUGCUUCAGGAACUUCCGUGUUGCAGUGAUGGAGGUGGUCAUCCUUAUGAGGAUUUAACUCUAGAUGGAUUCAUUCAAGAAGCAACAGGACAGUCUGGACUGCAGUUUUAUCAAGUUUGGUGGCUUUGUUUCUUUGUAGAUCUUUACAAGAAAGAAAAUACUUUACCAUCAUUUAUACACAGCAACCCUUUCAAGAAAAUCUCCGAUAUGAUGAGAGAUUGUCCUCCAGGUGACCUUGAUGAUGUCUCUGUACCAAACAGUGUACUUCAGUUUUAUCGUUCUGAAAUUGAUUACAAGUCAAUGCAUGAUAUUUAUUUUAUUAUACAAUUGUGUGGGUUUUUAUUCAGUGAGGGUGAAUAUCGCCUGGCUGCUCACUAUUAUAGAGGAAUGAUCAAAAUGUUGACUGAAGUUAUGAAUGAUACUGAUGCAAUUAUGGCAGAAAUUUUGCAGAGUUAUCAAUUCCGACAAGGAAUGGAAGCUAAAAUUGAUUUUCUUGUGCAAACCUAUGUAACCGCAGUAUCAACUAAUUUAUGUAAUGCUUUGUAUAGUCUAUAUAAAUGUUACCUUUUUCAAGGGCAGCCUGAAUAUUUUCAGGAGUAUGUCGACCAGUUUGACUCUGUUUGUAACAGUUUAUCCACUUCGUCAGCAUUUCAUCUUUUAGCAGAUGUAUGGAAAGUGUUAGGCAAUAAACAUAAAAUGAAAGAAGCAUUAGAAAAACAGGAUAGUAUGAAGGCUUAAAGAAAAUUGAUUUAAGCUAAAGCUCAGAAAUUUUAAAAUGGGUGCAUGCAUUUCUUAUUGUAAUGACCAGCCAGAUUUAGACAUAAAAGUACUUUAAAAUUUACAUUUUGUUAACACAUUGCUCUUCAUGUGACAUUAUCUGCAUUAAUUAGAUAAACACCUAGUCAUUUAUCGAUAAAAAUAGAAAAGUUUUAAUCUACAUGCAGAGUCUGUCAUUAUAACCGGUUACAGGAGCUCCCAUUAUCUAAUUUGCCUUAUCCUUUUUAGCUUUUGCCAUUACUUGUCAUCCAUCCAUCCAUCCAUCUGUCAAUGUAAACUUUAAAAAAAUCUUUUCAUCUGAAACUACAGGGCAAAAUCUUGCCAAAUUUUACCUGAAUGUUCCUUAGUGUAUCUAGUUUAAAAAUUGUAUUUCUGGGGAUUUGAUCCAUCAACAAACACAGCCACUGUUACUAAAAAUAGAACAAAGGUGUUAAAUGCACUUUUAGGCUUACAUCUCAAAAACUAAAGCAGAGCAAAUCUGAUUUGGGGUAAAAAUUACCAGCAUGUAUCUAUCUCAUACAGAAAUGUCAAUUAUUUGCAAUUUUUUUAGUUAUUUUGAAAACUAUUACAGAUAGAGAGAAAUUUUAAACAGUAAAAAUUACCAGAAUAUGUUUUCAAAUCUACAAAUAGGUCAACUUGUCUGUAAUUAUCAAUUGAUUGCUUACAGUAGUUAUUGUCCUUGAGAGAUGGUUUUAAACCUGAUUUUCGAAGGAAAUAUCGGUUAUUGAUUUGGGGAUGUACGGCGGGCGGG